CGGUCGGGACUCAGCCGCGUGUGGAUCCGGCCGCUCAGACGCCUUCCGAUCCGCAGCCCUGCGCCGCUGCGGCCAGUCGCGCCCGGCUAACUUUGAAGGGGGAAAACUGAGUAGCCGGGCUGGAGGGAGGGGGCUCGGGGCCGCGCGGCGCUCCCUUGGCCCCCCGGAGCCCCCGGGCCCCCCGCGAGCCCUCGCUGAGUCCGCCGCAACCUCAGCAUUGGAGCCGGCGCGGGUGUCUCCCCCGCGCCGCCGGGCCGCCCUGGGCGGGACUCCUCCCGCGGCCUCCGGGGCCCCGGGGCGCGCGCAACAGGCGGCCCGAGCCAGCGGGAAGCUGGAGCGCCGGCGGCGUCGGCCUCGGAGGGGUGUGGAGAGGCGAGGCCAGGCAGAGCCCCGCGCAGCCAUGGAGUCGCUCCUGCUGCCGGUGCUGCUGCUGUUGGCCGUACUGUGGACGCAGGCGGCCGCCCUCAUUAACCUCAAGUACUCGGUGGAAGAGGAGCAGCGCGCCGGGACGGUGAUCGCCAACGUGGCCAAGGACGCGCGCGAGGCGGGCUUCGCACUGGACCCACGGCAGGCCUCUGCCUUCCGUGUGGUGUCCAACUCAGCUCCGCACCUGGUGGACAUCAACCCCAGCUCGGGCUUGCUGGUCACCAAGCAGAAGAUUGACCGCGACCUGCUGUGCCGCCAGAGCCCCAAGUGCAUCAUCUCGCUCGAGGUCAUGUCCAGCUCAAUGGAGAUCUGCGUGAUUAAAGUGGAGAUCAAGGAUCUGAACGACAACGCGCCCAGCUUCCCGGCGGCACAGAUCGAGCUGGAGAUCUCGGAGGCAGCCAGCCCAGGCACGCGCAUCCCGCUGGACAGCGCCUACGACCCAGACUCGGGCAGCUUUGGCGUGCAGACGUAUGAGCUCACGCCGAAUGAGCUGUUCGGUCUGGAGAUCAAGACGCGCGGAGACGGCUCACGCUUUGCCGAACUCGUGGUGGAAAAGAGCCUGGACCGCGAGACGCAGUCGCACUACAGCUUUCGAAUCACUGCACUCGACGGCGGCGAUCCGCCGCACCUGGGCACUGUUGGCCUUAGCAUCAAGGUGACUGACUCCAAUGACAACAACCCGGUGUUUGGCGAGUCCACCUAUGCGGUGAGCGUACCAGAGAACUCACCUCCCAACACGCCCGUCAUCCGCCUCAACGCCAGUGACCCAGACGAGGGCACCAAUGGCCAGGUGGUGUACUCAUUCUACGGCUACGUCAACGACCGCACGCGUGAGCUCUUCCAAAUUGACCCGCACAGCGGCCUGGUCACGGUCACCGGUGCCCUAGACUAUGAAGAGGGCCACGUGUAUGAAUUGGACGUGCAGGCCAAGGACCUGGGGCCCAACUCCAUCCCGGCACACUGCAAGGUCACAGUCAGCGUUCUGGACACCAAUGACAACCCGCCGGUCAUCAACCUGCUGUCGGUCAACAGCGAACUGGUGGAGGUGAGCGAGAGCGCCCCCCCGGGCUACGUGAUUGCACUGGUGCGGGUGUCUGAUCGUGACUCCGGCCUCAAUGGGCGCGUGCAGUGCCGUUUGCUGGGUAACGUGCCCUUUCGGCUGCAGGAGUAUGAGAGCUUCUCCACUAUCCUGGUGGACGGACGGCUGGACCGGGAGCAACACGACCAGUACAACCUCACGAUCCAAGCGCGUGACGGCGGCGUGCCCAUGCUGCAGAGUGCCAAGUCCUUUACUGUGCGCAUCACCGAUGAGAAUGACAACCACCCGCACUUCUCUAAGCCCUACUACCAGGUCAUUGUGCAGGAGAACAACACACCCGGCGCCUAUUUGCUUUCUGUGUCUGCCCGAGACCCCGACCUGGGUCUCAAUGGCAGUGUCUCCUACCAGAUCGUGCCGUCGCAGGUGCGGGACAUGCCUGUCUUCACCUAUGUCUCCAUCAACCCCAACUCGGGUGACAUCUACGCGCUGCGAUCUUUCAACCAUGAGCAGACCAAGGCAUUCGAAUUUAAGGUGCUGGCCAAGGAUGGCGGCCUGCCCUCGCUGCAGAGCAACGCCACGGUUCGAGUCAUCAUCCUCGACGUCAAUGACAAUACCCCGGUCAUCACGGCCCCACCCUUGAUCAACGGCACCGCCGAGGUCUACAUCCCCCGCAACUCCGGCAUAGGCUACCUGGUGACCGUUGUCAAAGCAGACGACUACGACGAGGGCGAGAACGGCCGGGUCACCUACGACAUGACCGAGGGCGACCGCGGCUUCUUUGAAAUAGACCAGGUCAAUGGCGAAGUCAGAACCACUCGGACCUUCGGCGAGAGCUCCAAGGCUUCCUAUGAGCUUAUUGUAGUGGCCCACGACCACGGCAAGACGUCUCUCUCCGCCUCUGCGCUCGUCCUAAUCUACCUGUCCCCUGCUCUAGACGCCCAAGAGUCAAUGGGCUCGGUGAACUUGUCCCUGAUUUUCAUUAUUGCCCUGGGCUCCAUUGCCGGCAUCCUCUUUGUCACUAUGAUCUUCGUGGCAAUUAAGUGCAAGCGAGACAACAAAGAGAUCCGGACCUACAACUGCAGUAAUUGUUUAACCAUCACUUGUCUCCUCGGCUGUUUUAUAAAAGGACAAAACAGCAAGUGUCUGCAUUGCAUCUCGGUUUCUCCCAUUAGCGAGGAGCAAGACAAAAAGGCAGAGGAGAAAGUGAGCCUAAGGGGAAAGAGAAUCGCUGAGUACUCCUAUGGGCAUCAAAAGAAAUCAAGCAAGAAGAAAAAAAUCAGUAAGAAUGACAUCCGCCUGGUACCCCGGGAUGUGGAGGAGACAGACAAGAUGAAUGUUGUCAGUUGCUCCUCCCUGACCUCAUCCCUCAACUAUUUCGACUACCACCAGCAAACACUGCCCCUGGGCUGCCGCCGCUCUGAGAGCACUUUUCUGAAUGUGGAGAAUCAGAACACCCGCAAUACCAGUGCCAACCACAUCUAUCAUCACUCUUUCAACAGCCAGGGCCCCCAGCAGCCAGACCUGAUCAUCAACGGUGUGCCUCUGCCUGAGACUGAAAACUAUUCUUUUGACUCCAACUAUGUGAACAGCCGAGCCCAUUUAAUCAAAAGCAGCUCCACCUUCAAGGACUUAGAGGGCAACAGCCUGAAGGAUAGUGGGCAUGAGGAGAGCGACCAGACUGACAGUGAGCAUGAUGUCCAGCGGAGCCUGUAUUGUGAUACUGCUGUCAAUGAUGUGCUGAACACCAGUGUGACCUCCAUGGGAUCUCAGAUGCCUGACCAUGAUCAGAAUGAAGGAUUUCAUUGCAGGGAAGAAUGCCGGAUUCUUGGCCACUCUGACAGGUGCUGGAUGCCCCGGAACCCCAUGCCCACCCGCUCCAAGUCCCCCGAGCACGUGAGGAACGUCAUCGCCCUGUCCAUUGAAGCUACUGCUGCUGAUGUUGAGGCUUAUGACGACUGCGGCCCUACCAAGCGGACUUUCGCAACCUUUGGAAAAGAUGUCAGCGACCACCCGGCUGAGGAGAGGCCCACCCUGAAAGGCAGGAGGACUGUUGAUGUGACCAUCUGCAGCCCCAAGGUCAACGGCGCUAUCCGGGAGGCAGGUAAUGGCUGUGAGGCUAUCAGCCCUGUCACCUCCCCCCUGCACCUCAAGAGCCCUCUGCCCACCAAGCCUUCCGUGUCUUACACUGUUGCCCUGGCGCCCCCAGCCCGCGACCUGGAGCAGUAUGUCAACAACGUCAACAAUGGCCCUUCUCGUCCCUCUGAAGCUGAGCCCCGUGGAGCUGACAGCGAGAAAGUCAUGCAUGAGGUCAACCCCAUUCUGAAGGAGGGUCGCGACAAAGAGUCUCCUGGCGUGAAGCGUCUGAAGGAUAUCGUUCUCUAAACCAGUCUCGAGGAAGAAGAGAGAGAAACCAUGCUGGCUAGCGAAGAAGCAGGAGCUGAUCGUUUUAAUUGCUCACCAAUGGUUGGUUCUUGAGUGGCUGUAUUUCAGAGCUUUCCCUAAAUGUAUUGUUUAUAAAUGACUAUCAUUCUGUGACAAUCCCUCUCGUUUCAUCAGGCAGGGGUGUUCAGUUGGAGCAAAUUGGCUUUGGCUUGAGUUGUUCAUGGGGCCUUGAUGUUGAGGAAACGGAGACAAAUUCAGUUGUGAAAAGUAUUAUGUAUUAAGUGUUUGAAUUUAUAUAUUUUUCUAUGUCAAAAUGAUAAUAUAAAUUACCAUGGUUUGUGGAGGAUUACAUUAAAAAAACCAAAAAAGAUAAAAAAAAAAAAAGCUCUGGACACCUUUAAUAAGCUCGCCACUGUUUUGUAGUGUAGACAAGUUAAUGGUCAUUUAUUGUGUACUAUUCAUUAAUUCAGUGACGUGAAAUCAAGCCCCCAAAAGAUUGUUUCUGAAGCUCAAGUACUUUCCAAUGCCGCUACUUUGCUGUGGACACCCCUGCUUUAAGAACCCUUUUGCUAGCUGUGCUAUUGUUGUAUUUGAUAUUGCAAAUUGCUAUGUGUGUGGUGAUGGCCAAAGGCUUUUAGAGGUUGGUGUUUUUUUCUUAAAAAAAAAAUAAAACUACAGACAAAAAUAAAACGCAAACAACUGAGACGGCAAGUGAAUGAGCAACACCACACAUGUAGACUGAGUACUUGGAGGAUACUCACUCAUGGAGGAUACCCAGGUAGUGAUUACUCACCAUCUUGCAGAGUAUUUUUCCUGCUGUUCAGUCUUCUGCCCAGAUCCGUGAUAGAUCAUUGCAGAAAGUCAUUUUUGGAUAUUCUGGUAUCUAAUUUGAAGUUGUCAGAAAUACUGUGCUGAAAGUUUUAUGAGAUUGAUUUUUCUAAUUUUCAGGCCCUAAACAGGAAAGUUGCUCCUGAAAUUAUCAGUUUCCAGGCUUAGAAAUUCCCUAUCUCCAAUCAUCUAAAACUCAAAAAGACUGACUCUAUUUUGGGAUCUAAAUUAGCAUCUUUUCAGACACACACUUCCUGAUGCAGUGUUUCCCAAUCACGAUUACAAUUAGACUGCAAAGCACAUCAUGGGCUGGAACUGAGAACUCCAUGUUGCUCUGUAUUGUAGGAUUAUAAAUAGGGAUGGAGUAAGCAGUACAAAGUGUACAUUUAGGAAAAGACAGGUAACAAGUAACAGCAUCACAAAUCCAAUUUCUGUGCCUUCUAAAUGGAGACACUUGGACACUUGAACUCAUGUUUUUAUGACAAUACUUUUUUAAAUUAAGAAUGUGAACAGGAAACUAUUAAAAUAAAAAUCCCUUAGAUUUAGCUAACUCUUUGCUGUAGGCUAGGAAUACACCGUUUUUUAUUAACAAGUUCGUUACGCACAUUCUUUUUUUGUUUGUUUAACAUUGCUCCAACUCCCCCAUUUAUUAACUGUCUAUUAAUAUUCACUAGCCAACAUAGUAUUCUUGUGGCCUAAGAGUUCGUUACUUAAAAAUAAACAAAUAUGUCACCUUUGCUCUGCCUUGGUCUUAAAAGACUUGUUUCUAGAGAAACAAGUUUUGUGGUUCUGUUCUCAUUUGUUUCAUUUUUUGACAUUCGAGAGUACCCAGAAAAAAGACUUAGAGGUUAGAGCACUAGAAUGCAAAAGAGGAUUUAUUUUCUUAAGUUUAGGUAGAUAAGUCAGCUCUUUUACAUGUUUUAGUUAUUGUUGCCUGAGUUCCUGGCUUUAUACAUUACUAGGAAUAUUUUCUUUUA